AUGGAGGAAAUUCAACAGCAGCCUAUUUGCGGCUUCGUGCCGCCGUACAUCCUGGAGGCCAUAGCUGGCUCUGAUACCAUUGCGGAGGAAUCUCGCCAUUCCUGUAAACAUACACUACAACACGUACAGUCUUAUGCCGAACACCGUCAUGAGCUAUACACUGGAGCUCAUGUCAGUUCUCCCUCCACCGGGACAGGUUUCAUCCCCGAAUACAUUCUCAGUGCAAUCGCUGACCCUAAGGAGGGCGCUAUCAAAGAACACGAAGCGAGUCAGCAAACUCUGAUAACUGCAGACGCUGAUUGCAGAGGAAGAUCUACGAUUGCAAAGAAACUGGUGAUCUCCCUGGAACGCUGGUCAGGGCUGGCCCUUAUCGGCAGCGUUCAUUACAAGCCGAAAGACACGCCAGCCGGCUACAACAAUGCGUACUGGGACGGUGACGCCAAACGCAUGGUUUUCGGUGACGGUGAUCAUAUUACCUUCGACUACCUCACAGAUUCGCUCGAUGUAAUUGCCCACGAACUAAGCCAUGGCUUUGUCCAGUACACGUCGCCGCUCAAGUACCAGUCGCAGUCUGGCGCAUUGAACGAGUCCUGCGCCGAUGUCUUCGGCUCCAUGGUGGAGCAAUGGCACAUGCGACAGACUGUGGAAGACGCAGACUGGAUCCUCGGACAGACGCUCUUCCCUGUCGCAUUCACCGGGUCGGCCUUGCGCAGUUUGAAAGCCGGGAAGGCCUACACUGAUGACCCGGUGUUUGGAACUGAUCCCCAGCCAAAGCACAUGGACAACAUCUUCAAAGGACCUGGGGAUAAUGAAGGCGUUCAUAUCAACUCUGGAAUCCCGAAUCAUGCUUUUUACCUGGCUGCAAAGUCUCUCGGGGGUAACUCGUGGGAGAAGGCGGGCAAGGUGUGGUAUAAGACGAUGACGUCUGGGAAAAUUCCGUUUCAGUGCGAUUUCAAGACUUUCGCAAAGGUGACUGUUGAGAUUGCAGGGGCUGCUUUUGCUGCUGAUGCUUCGGUCAAAAACGCGAUUCGUGAUGCGUGGGUCAAGGUUGGGGUACUUCCUGCAGCUGCGGCUGAAUAGGGCAAACUGGGAAGCCGGACUUUUCUUCAAUGCUGGCAAUGUCUUCCGUACAUCAUGAAAGUUUUCCUGUGUCUUCUUGUAAAGAAAGUACAAAAACGCCAAAAAUUCCC